CUCCUCUCCCCCCCACUCCUUUCAAUUGAUCACCAAUUCUUUUCACAUCAAGUCAUCCACUGAAUAUGCUCAUCAUCCAUGUUUAUAUGUACACAAAACGUAAAACUAAACCAAAAACAAAAUUAAAUGACUAAAAUAUAGGUUGCUAUGCUAAAACUUAUUUACCAAAACAAUUGCCGUGAUAUUAGCUGAGUUAAGUCAACAUAACAAACCAAAACACAAAAUGUACGUUGAUAAAACCUUCAUCAAUUUGGCUACAAACGCAUCAGCAGUUAACGACAACUUAGCAUUACAACACGGUAAUGAUCUCGAUAUAUUAGCCAGUACACUCGCGGUUAUACAAGAUGGCUACGUCAACAUCGUCCCCAUUUUGAAUGCGUCUCGCCGGUCGAAAUACAUUCCUAUUUCACAAGAAGAACGUGGUGCGGGCGUUGUAAAAGAAGUCAGAUGGCUAGAAAUCUCGCAGAAAACUUAUUUCGUCGUAUUAUCAUCAAAUGGCGUCCAAGUUUAUGACAUGGAAGCCAAUAACAUUAUAUUUGAACAUGGAUGUCGUGAUACCGGAGAAGCUGCAUCAUAUUGUGUUGGAGUAUGUGUCCUGAAAGGCAACGUAUUAUGCGUUGGCACAUGGAUAGGCACCGUGUGGAUGUUCAAACACGAAUUAGAAACAGAAGAAUUCAGAUUCAUCAAUCGUGUGUAUGCACACGACGAAGCAGUUGUAAUGUUAGAUGGCGACGGUAAAAACAUGGCGUCCACAUCAACGGACAUGUCGUAUUUCUGGGCCUUUCAAGGACACUUUGAUAUUAUACGCAAGUUAUCUAUUCACGGAGUAAUGUCAACACCAACCACGUUGAAAUAUCGCUUCGGUUUCAUCUACCUGGGAUAUUCCAGUGGAGAAUUUUGUGUUUUUGACGGUAACAAUGAAGAUUUUGAAGUGCGUGUCACCGCACACAAGUUAAAAAUAACCGCGUUGGAUGUUUCUGCUAAAUUAGUGAUUCUCAGUGCGUCGGAUGAUUGUUUUGUGAAAUUAUGGCAGUUUAAACAAGAGGAAGCCAUGGUAACACCAAUGCAAACAAUAUUCAAUGAAGAUGGACCUGUUUAUGGGGUAGGUUUCUUAAACUAUGCCGCGACAGAAUUCGCUGUUGUAACUGGGGGCAGCACAAAAGUACAUAUUUAUAUUGAUUGGGAGGAUUCUGCAGCUAAUGCAGAAGAUUUGAUAAACGCAAUUUAAACUAACAUUACAUAUUAUAAUUUCACCUUCUUCUUCUUUGUUUUGCUGGCGAGAGGUCCAGGAAUCUUGAAAACAGUACUGAAAAACAAAAUAUUAAUUAUUUUCACAUAAAAAUACAAAAAUAUUAAUAAACUUA